GCUGUAAUGGGGGCUCCCAAGGUCCUGUCCUGUGUGGAGUUGUGUCCACUGUAGGAUCAAGGUCAGCUGACCUGAGCCUCUUCCAGGGGACAGUUGGUGGCUGUGGCCAGGAGGCAUGGACAACUCAAGAGCAGGCUCCCUCUGGUCUGGCCUCAGCCAGGAGGGCUGGGGCCUGUGGGGACUGCCAGAAGCUGGCACAGCUGGCGCGUCCACAUGUUCCGGGCCAGCAGGACGCAGGUGCUCAGCCUAGAGAGGAGGAGUCUGUCUGGCAGUCCCUUCCUGCUGGGCCUUGGCCAAGGGCACAUGGAGGCUUUAACUGGGCAGGUGCAGAGGGGCUUCUGUGGCGUGACCUCCUUGAGACCGGGCUCGGCAUCUGGACACUUGAGAGAGCUAAGGCCCCACUGGCGAGCUCAGGAUUCACUGAGACUGGCUGCUGUUGUCUUGGGAGGUGAACACCUCUACCUGAGUAAGGAGCAGGACAGGUGUCCUUGGGCGGACACUCUUCACAUCGUCCCCACCCAGCUUGUCUCUGAGGUGGUUCUGCCUGAAGCUGCCAACCCUGCAUGUGGCCCAGAGCUGGCUGUCUCCUGCCCACAUUGUUCGUGCUGGACUUCUGCCAGCGGGUGUGGGGCGGGGCGAGGUCUGGAGGGGUCUUCCGUGCUGCCCCUGGGACAGGGAACCCCACCCUUUUCAAGUCUGGGUUGCAAGCAGCAGAUUAGCCGCAGCUCUGACCACACUUAGCCCCAGGCGGCACUAGCCAAGGGGCAGCUGGUGAAGGGGGAUGGUCCUGGCUUAGGUGUUGAGCCCCCACCAGGGCCUUGUCGACACCACUUGGCCACAACUUCAUGCUGCCUGCAGCUCGUAGGAAGGUAAGGAGGGACCCGAGCUCUCCCUGGGGACCUGCCCACUGUCACUUGCUCUCCAUUGCCAGAGUGGCUUAUCUGGCAGGGUACCGCCACUGGGGGCUCAGCUUUCUGCUGACCUCCAUUGGGGGGAUAGGCCUGGAGACUGGAGGGCCCAAGGGGCACAGCUGGGUGAAGGCAACCCCUCAGUGAGGGUUGGGCAGGCCCAAGAGGGGCAGAUGUGGGCCAUGCCUUUGCUUAGAGGUUGACUGUUCUCUUCCCUGCUAGCCCUACUGGUCCUUGGUGGAGGAACCCCCAGGGUUACCUAGGCUGGGACCAGCUGGGAGCCCUCCCAGGAGCAGGGCCACGGCCUGGGGCAGCAGGGCCAGAGGGACAAGGCUGUGAGGUCAUAGGAAGGGGCUAUGAACCCCGAUGGAGUGUGUCCCCGCCUGGGGUCACUGGGCUCUUCCCUGAAGUGGCUGGGUUGGGGAGUGCACAACCUCUGCCCUUGGGCAGCAGCUGUGUGGGAGGUGGGUGGUCUGUCGGUGGGGUUCCGCCCCCAUCCACGCCCCCUGGCAGGCCCUGAAGCCUGGGAGGCUGAGGUUCUUCCCUUGUGAGCCCGCCCCCUUGGAGCCCGCCAGUCUUGAGGAGGAGGGGAGAGCGGGCGGGCAGGGCACCGCUCACAAGGGAGUCUGCAGGGUCGGGGGCGCGUCCCUCACUAGCCCAGCUCAUCCUGUGCAGACAUGCACCAGUGGCAGUCAGGCGUCCCUCGGGGCUGCGCCCCCACGCUCAGACUCUGAGUGCCUCUGGUUGCCUGGGCUCAGCAGCAUUGAGCUGCUGCGGGCUCCGGACCCGGCAGCUAGCAGCCAACAUGCGCUGGGCCUGGGUGGCCGCCACAGUCGUCCUCUGGCCACAGCUCGCGUUCCUCGGGGGCAGCGGGGCCCGGCGGGAGCCCAAGAGGCCUCGGCAGUCCAGCCAGCGCCCCAUAGCCCCCAGCGCCACCACACUGGGCAGCGAGGGGCUACUGGGCUUCCCCAAGCUGCCCGAGGCCUCAGGGCCUGAGUUCACAGAUGCCCAUGUGACAUGGCUGAACUUUGUCCGGCGCCCUGAUCAUGGGCCCUCAAAGAAGCGGUGCCGAGGCCAGGACAAGAAAUCGCGAGGCCUCUCUGGCCCCCCCGGCCACCCCGGUGUGGAGGUCCCCCAGGAGUCUGCACUGCGGGAGUUCCAGGACAUGCUGAAGGAGGCCACCGAGCAUCGGUCCUUGGGGCUGCUGGGCCCUGUGUUGCCUGAGGGGCUAGGCAGGCAGCUGGUGGCCGAGGCCUUCCACUGUCGGCUGAGGGGCCCAGUGCUGGUGGACAAGAAGACGCUGGUGGAACUGCAGGGCUUCCAGGCCCCUGCGGCCCAGGGUGCCUUCCUGCGGGGGUCUGGCCUGAGCCUGGCCUCCGGUCGGUUCACAGCCCCGGUGACUGCCAUCUUCCAGUUUUCUGCCAGCCUGCAUGUGGAUCCCAGGGAGCUGCAGGGCAGAGUCCGGCCGAGGGCCCGGGACACAGUGCGGGUGCUGGUCUGCAUUGAGUCCCUGUGCCAUCGCUACAUGUCCCUGGAGGCCAUCUCCAGCCUGGAGAGCAGUGGCAGUGUCUUCUCGAUGCACGUGCAGGGGCUGCUGCAGCUGCAGGCUGGACAGUACACCUCCGUCUUCGUGGACAAUGGCUCUGGGGCAGCUCUCACUGUGCAGAGCAGCUCCAGCUUCUCCGGCUUGCUCCUGGGCCCGUGAGGGAUGGACAGGGCCUCAGAGAAGUCACCCUGCCGCCCCCACCCCUCUGCCCGCUGGUAGACCUGUGAUCAUAGGAAUAAAUAAAGGUCCCCCAGCCCCCA